CGAGCCCCCUUCACUCCCCAAGCAAUGGCUCCCUGCAACUCUAGAUCUCUUCACAUCUUAGUCUUCCUCUUUCAGUUGUUAUCCAUCGUGAUCCCUCUUGCAAGCCCACUCUCCUUCAACCUUACUGGCAAUAAACUGGGCAAACCGAACAUAAACUUAUCUGGCGACGCGCACUUUCACGGCAGCAUCCUCGAACUGACCAAGGACCAGGCGGAGGCUUCCCUUAAAUCUAGCGUUGGAAGCGCCACAUAUUCCGAACUGGUGGCCCUCUGGGACAAAGCUUCAGGAACGUUUGCCAACUUCACAACAAAUUUCAGAUUCUCUAUCAACGGCUUCGGACAAAAUGUAAGUGCCGAUGGGCUUGCCUUCUUCCUCUCACCCUUCCCUUUUGUCCAGGACCCAUCGGCGACGUCCGGUGCAAAGCUUGGACUAUAUAAAAAUAAUGGCAACAAAACAGACGAGAACAAGGUCGUGGCUGUAGAAUUUGAUAGCUACUAUAACCCUGAAGUCGACGAUACGAGCGCCAACCAUGUGGGCAUCGACAUUUGGUCGAUCUUUUCGCAAAAACAAGUGGACUUGAAUGCUAGCAUCAGAGAGAAUGCACAAUUCAUUGCAUCCGUUAGUUACGAUGCUGUUGCUCAAAAUUUGAGCGUCUUCCUCAGUAAUGCUUCAGAUCCUCGGAGGAAUUGGAGCCUGUUUUAUGUUGUGGACUUGAGGGACUACCUGCCUGAGAACGUAGCCAUUGGUUUCUCAGCUUCCACCGGGGACCUUUACGAGUUGCAUAGCAUCUAUUCCUGGGAUUUCAAGUCCUCCAAUUUGAGUUCUUCCGAAGCCAAGAAGAAGAGUAAGAUGAGCCUAGUGCUGGGGCUUGCUGUCGGUAUUGGGAUCUUGCUAUGCGGGUUGGGUUUGUUGUGGUCCGCAGUAUCGCGUAAGAGAGCCAGGGGAGGGAUGGAAGCACAAGAAGAAGAAGAAGAAGAAGAAGAGAUGGCUCUUGAAUUGUCCAUCAAUAAUGCAUUCGAGAGAGGUGGCGGCCCCAGGAAAUUUCCUUAUAGUGCACUCGCGAUUGCAACCAGAUAUUUCGUUAAGGAGGCAAAGCUUGGGGAAGGAGGUUUCGGGGAGGUUUACAUGGGAGUGUUGGAUGAUACGAAGCAAGAAGUGGCAAUCAAGAGGAUUUCUAGAGAUUCUAAGCAAGGGACGAAGGAGUAUAAAUCGGAAGUCACGAUUAUAAGCCGGCUGAGGCAUCGCAAUCUUGUGCAGCUCAUCGGCUAUUGCCAUCAAAAAGGCGAUUUGUUGCUUGUCUACGAGUACAUGUCGAACAAAAGCCUCGAUCGGCAUCUAUACAGCGAGGAGAGAUUGCUAACAUGGCCAGAAAGAUACCGGAUCGCAUUCGGCUUGGCCUCGGCACUGCUUUAUCUUCACGAAGAGUGGGAACAGUGUGUGGUCCAUAGAGAUGUCAAGCCGAGUAACGUGAUGUUGGAUUCGGGGUUCAAUGCUAAACUCGGUGAUUUUGGGCUAGCAAGGCUUGUGGAUCAUGACAGUAACAUACAAACAACGGUUAUGGCUGGGACGAGAGGAUACAUCGCACCUGAAUGUGUUACCAUAGGAAAAGCUAGCAAAGAAUCAGAUGUAUACAGCUUUGGAGUUGUUGUACUAGAAAUUGCAUGUGGUAGAAAACCAAUUGAUUUAAAAGAGAAGCAAGACAAGGUGAAUUUGGUAGAGUGGGUUUGGGAACUUUAUGGGAAUGGAAGAUGUUUGACUGCAGCAGACCGAAGGUUAGAGAUGGAAUUCGAUGAACAACAAAUGGUGUACUUGAUGGUUUUGGGACUAUGGUGUGCUCACCCUGAUAGAAAUCAAAGGCCGACCAUGAGGCAAGCAAUCAAUGUCCUGAAAUUUGAUGCCCCAUUGCCAGCUUUGCCUCCCAAUAUGCCCAUUCCAAUGUUUCAUUCUCCUCCAAGAAAUGUGCCUGCUCCUCCAAAGUCUGAUAGCUGCCCCACAAUUUCAAACACAAAUCUGUUGGGCCGUUGAAGGAUGGUGAGUCAUGCUAGAAAAGUUUAACAAUGGUACCAUGUUACCCAUCAUACCAGUGAUUUAUAAUUCAACUAUACAAUUAGGAACUUUUUAUUUUUGAUAGGUGUUUCAUUAUAUGAUCGGGUGUUGUAUGUCUUUGCCAUAAAGGCUUGAAAUGUAAUAUAUUUCAAAUCUCCUGCAUGGGCAGCUGUAACGAUAAUUCUAGUCGAGAACAUGUUGUACGUUAUUUUGAUAUGCUUAUCUCCAGGGUCAUGUAAUAAAGUAUUCAGUUUUGCUUUGGUA